UGACGUAGCUCUCACGUGACCAGGAGUCGACGUGUGCAGAAGUCCUGCUAGUCUGGUCCUUGUUCGCCUCUGGGUACCAGCUUCCCUUGAGCAGCGCAGACGGCGGGGCCCGAGGCCAGGGGAGGAAGGAUUCGGCUUGCCGGAAUUUUGCAGGUCUUGUCGUUCCUAGCAGUACGCAGGGCUGGAAAGGGCAAGAAGAACGUGACCGCAUCAGUACAGCUUACUCUGUUCUAGGAGGAUCUUGGUGCCUGAAAAAAGGUUGAGGAGGGCCUUGGAAAAGGCUGGAGGGAGGGAUGAGACCAGAGAGGUGAGGAGGUGGAAAAUGGAGAAGUAAUUGUUUCAAAGAGGAAUAAACAGAAAAAAAGAAAGAGGGCAAAGAAGGAAGGAAGAGAGACAGGCACAAGAUGAAACCCUGUCAAAAAAUUGAAGGAAAACCAGAAAAUGAGAGUGAACCAAAAUUUGAGGAAGAACCAAAGCCUGAGGAAAAGCCUGAGGAGGAGGAAGAGCCAGAGGAGGAGGAAAAAUCAGAAGGAACUUUUAAAGAAAGGCUGAUUCAGUCUCUCCAGGAAUUUAAAGAAGAUAUACACAACAGGCAUUUAAGCAAGGAAGAUAUGUUUAGAGAAGUGAAUGAAAUAGAUGAGAUAAGGAGAGUAAGAAACAAACUUAUAGUGAUGCGUUGGAAGGUUAAUCGAAACCAUCCUUACCCCUAUUUAAUGUAGUUUCCCUGGAUUUUUUUUUCUGAUGUUAACAUUGCUAUCUUGUAAUUUGUGUUUUCCUGAUAUACCUUUGUCCAUCUUUCUACUUUUAACUUGUUGCUAUUAAUGGUUUUGGAUGCAUCUCAUUGUUUAUUGUAUUUCAAACCAAUCUACAAGUCUCUGCCUUUUAAUAAGAGACCUUUACUCCUUUGUACAAAAAGAGAUGCCUGACAGGAUAUAAAAUGAAAAGAAAAGGUAAUAUGAGAAUAUCGUAUUUUUGAAAGGGAAGAGUACAUUUAUAUAUUAACAUAUAUGCACAAAAGAACAUGUAAAGAAUGAAAGACACAAAGUACGGUGAGUGGUAGUGUUAAGUGAUUUUUAAAAUUAGCUUAUUGAUAUUUUUCCUUCUUCCUAGAAUGUACACACCUUAUUGUUAAAAAUAAUAAAAUUUUUAUAACAAAAGGA